AUGAAACAAACGAUAAUUUCAAUCUUAUUGAUUCUAUUUAUUAAUCAAUGUGUAAGUCAAAAUGGUUUUCCAAAACAAUUUCAAGCCAUAUUAAAUAUAAGUGGACUAGGUUCUUGGGAUUCACCAUUUCCAGGUGUUAAACAAUUAUUGUAUGAUUACGAUAACUUAAGAGUUCGUUUCGAUAUUCAAGGAUCCCGAGAAAAUCAAAGUGAAACGUGGAUGCUUCAAUAUAAACCCAAAGGUGCCGAAGCAGAUUCAUCAGCUUCACAAGGUUAUACAAUGUUUAAUUUCAAUCCUGAUUAUCCAUACUUUACAAAAAACGAUUGUUGGUAUAGAACAAACUCAAUGCUUGAUGUAGGUCCAUUUCCAAUCAGUUGGUUGAAUGGCGUAGAAAAUUAUAUUCAAAUUUAUCCAUGGUAUCCAUUACCACCAAAUCUUAUUAAUAAGGGUGAAGAAUGGAUACCAGAACUUCAAUUAAAUGCAACAAGAUAUGAUACAGUGGAAAUAUGUGAUUUGAUACACUCUCGUAUUGGCAAAGUUCCAUGUUUUAGUUAUUUUGAAACAAAAGAUAGACCAGUUAAAACCAUUCAAGCACUUUACCUAUUGUUCAUCCGUGGUAUUCCAUCAGAAGCGGAACAUUUAUUCAAUCUACCUGCUCAAUGGCCUGGUUAUUGUGGAAAUGCAAAUGCAGGUUAUACUAUCGAACCCCAAAAUAGUUUUGUGGUAACUCCACAUAAUCAAGAUUAUUUUACAAUAAAAUUGCAAACACCACCAGUUCAGUCAUCUGGUGGGCAAGUCAAAGUUGAGUUUAAAGUACGACCAUCAGGGAUUUACAAUGGUACACAAUGUGCUAAGUUCAAUAGAAUUAUUUUCGAAAAAAAUAAUUGGCAAAUUUCACAACAAGUCAAUAUGUCUUUUAUUGAUUAUGGUUGUUGUAUAUAUGAAUUCACUGCAAACGGUGGUGGAUAUGAUUGGCUUUAUACUGACUUUUCAAUUUUUGUUUCGGAUGUAAAGAACGAGCUGGAUAUGACUGCAAAGAAAAGAAAUGUGUGA